AUGGCAGUCCCGACUGUCCAAAGCGAGGACCCGCAUGUCGGCUUCGCAGCCAGUCGAGACAGCCUGAAUACCAUCGACACCACCGAUGAGCAGACUAUUGGACAUCUGUGUCAAUCGCUGAGGCAAGGUUCCGACCACGCCCAUGUUGGAGAUGCAUCGUACGAAUUGGAGGCCUCCAGCGAGCAUCUCACUACCAGACUUGAGGCAGCUCACACAUCUGGUCGGUAUCUCACUGGAUGGAGAUUAUAUGUGGCCGGAAUUGGGCUGGGGUUGAGUGUGUUUCUACCUGCUCUUGAAGUUUCCGUCAUCAGCACGUCGCUGAUAUCGAUAUCUAAUGAUCUGGAUGGCUUCGAGCAAAGUAGCUGGAUCAUUACGGCGUACCUCUUGACUUAUACUGGCGGAGCGGGUCUUUACGCUGUGGGCACUAUUGAAUUCAUACAGAUGGUACCCGCAUCUCGGUAUAAGGAAAUCACAUCCAUUGCCUCGUCGAUAAUGUCAUUGGGCAUGAUACUCGGGCCUUUAGUCGGAGGGGGCAUCAACGAGACCGAUCCAGAUAACUGGCGUUGGGUCUUCUACUUGAAUCUUCCGGCCGGUGUUGUUGCUCUGCUCAUUAUCAUUGCUUCGAUCUUGCUCCUGGCAGCCCUUCAAGAAGGCAAUGUGCGCUUUCCGUGGGAAUCGGCGGCGAUCAUUUCGUUCUUCGUAAUCUCUGGCCUGCUCUGGAUAGCUUUCUUGCUCUGGGAACGCUUUGCAAGUCGGCCGAGUUCACGACUGCAGCCAAUGUUCCCAUGGCACUUCUUCAGCAAUCGCAUAUGGAUGGGUGUGCUACUUGGAUGCCUUUUGUCAGGGGCACCUUUGACGAUUGCAGUAACGGAGCUUCCCCAACGGUACCAAAUCGUGAAUGCCAGCUCUUCUCUCCAUGCUGGAAUUCGAUUGUUGCCAUACGCCGUCACCAGCCCGGUGGGAAUCGUCAUGUCUACUGUGUUGAUCGGGAAACUACGGAUCCCCUUCAUGUUCGUUCUGCUGCUUGGCAUCGUGUUGCAGACUGCAGGUUUCGCUCUUCUAUCCACGGUGCCGAACACAUUGGCCGUUUGGGCGGGCCAGUAUGGAUACAGCGUUGUCGCAGGCUUGGGAACAGGAGCAUCGAUCGGUUCGUUGUACAUGAUGGCGCCAAUCGUGGUCGAUAAAGACGAUCAAGCUCUAGCAAUUGGAUCGACAUUGCAACUACGGAUGCUGGGAGGUGCAGUUCGCGUCGCCGUGGCAAACAGCGUGUUGAACAGUCACGUAAGAUCGCACCUCCCGGGCGUCUUAUCUGGUGAGCAACUUGCAUCGGUCUUGGAAUCUGCCCGAGGCAUCAUCAACCUGCCGCUUGACACGCAGCUCAGAGUCCGCGAGAUCUAUGGCGAGGCGUACAACCUCCAAAUGCGAGUGACCGUUGGGUUCUCGGCUGCACAUAUUCUAGCUGUGCUUCUCAUGUGGAAGAAUAGACCGCUUCGACUGAGCAAAGAAGGAGCCCUGGUGUGA